AUGGAAGGAAUUAUUGAGAAUGAGAAUUGCGAUAAAAUAAAAAGUCAUGUCAUUGCGGUAACUGCAAAAGUAAUUUCAAACCCAGUUGCCCGAAGUUUGUUCUGUCCAUUUUGUGCAGAUGAAUACUUAUUUGAAUUUUCCUUGAAAGAUCAUUUACACAGAAAGCAUUCUGAAGCGUUAGAACGCCGAUAUAGCAAUGAAUUGCCUGAAAGCGAGCAAGCUGAAACAGAUUCUUUGUGUCCUUAUUGUAAAGCAGUAUUUUAUUCAAAAUUAAUAAUUCCAAAACAUAUUUUUCACCAUCAUGGACGAAACUGGCUUAAUCAUUACCAACAAAAUUAUGGCUUGAUUGAGUUAAUAGACACAGAAAACAAUUCCACAGUUAUGUAUACGUCUUGUUCACCAGGAUUAAGUGAUAUAUUUGACAAAUUAAUGUCUAAAGAACUCGAUUCGGAAAAUAAUUUAGAAAGGAUGAGCUUAAAUUCGCCAAAGUUAAAAUCCAUAUUAAAAAAGACUCCAAAUAAAUCAUAUAAUCCUAUAUUAGGAUCACCGUCCAGUGCAUCUAUUCGAAGAUAUCGUAGUGAAUUGCUUAGGCGAUCGUUAUCAGCUCGACGUGAACUAAGGUUUGAUUUGCCACCCUUACAAAAGUCUCCACCAAUUAUAAGAAAACAUAAAAAAAUUUUUGAUUUACGGCGGUUUUUUAAACUUCGAAAAACCAGUAAUAAAAAAAUGAAAGGUUCUCCUAUUCAGAAGUCGAAAAAGAAAGCAGAUAAAUAUUUUAAUUUAAAUAUCACAGCUGGUACUAUGAUAACAAGUACUCCUGUAAAUACUCUUGAUGACACACUGGAUAAUUUUGAUGUAGUUGACACGUACGAAGUAAGUUACAGAAGAAGUAAUGGAAAAGUUAAAAAUUUAAGAAGAUCUAAUCAACCGUUAUUAUUUUCUUCUGAAAAAUUUCAAUGUGGUUAUUGUGAUGAAAAAUAUACCAGUAAUACUGAUUUAUUACUUCACUCAGAAAUGCAUAGAUCCAAAUGUUUUUUGAAAAAGUUUUUUAAAUGUGGACAAUGCGGGAAAAAAUUUUUUAAGAAUCGAAAUUUGUUGCGACAUAUUUUAGUUCAUAAUAACUAA